UGUAAGAUGGUGGCCGUCUGGGCUUGAGGAUCCACCAAAGGAAGAGCGGACAGAGAUUACCCAGGACUAAACCACGGGUCCCGCCCUACAGCAGACCAGCCGUUCUCAGUGAGUGCCAGAGAAGGAGCUGCCAUUCCCAGAAUCCCAGUCAGCCUGGCAGGAUCCUUGCCCCUGACGGAUUUUAGUUUACUAUUAAAUUAUUACAAGCCUGGAAUACUCUUCAGUUCGCCUUUUUUCGUACAUUUCUGGGAUCCUGUAAAGAUGUCCCGCAGCCCUGAUGUGAAAGAAGACCCUGUGGAGUGCCCUCUUUGCAUGGAACCUUUGGAAAUAGACGAUAUCAACUUCUUUCCUUGCACAUGUGGCUACCAGAUUUGCCGUUUUUGCUGGCAUCGUAUACGCACUGAUGAAAAUGGGCUAUGCCCAGCUUGCAGAAAGCCAUAUCCAGAGGACCCAGCAGUAUACAAACCUCUCUCCCAAGAAGAACUACAAAGGAUAAAAAAUGAAAAGAAGCAAAAACAGAAUGAGCGGAAACAAAAAAUAUCAGAAAAUCGCAAACAUUUGGCCAGUGUGCGUGUUGUGCAGAAAAACUUAGUCUUUGUAGUGGGACUAUCACAAAGGCUUGCAGACCCAGAGGUUUUAAAACGGCCAGAAUAUUUUGGUAAAUUUGGGAAAAUACACAAAGUUGUCAUCAACAACAGCACAUCUUAUGCAGGCUCACAGGGUCCAAGUGCUAGUGCAUAUGUAACAUACAUCCGUUCAGAAGAUGCACUUCGAGCAAUUCAGUGUGUCAACAAUGUAGUAGUAGAUGGCAGAACACUUAAGGCUUCUUUAGGUACUACAAAAUACUGCAGCUAUUUCUUAAAGAAUAUGCAGUGUCCAAAGCCAGACUGUAUGUAUUUACAUGAAUUGGGGGACGAGGCAGCUAGCUUCACAAAAGAAGAAAUGCAGGCUGGCAAACAUCAGGAAUACGAACAGAAGCUGCUGCAGGAACUUUACAAACUAAAUCCAAACUUCUUGCAGCUGUCUACGGGUACAGUCGACAAGAACAAAAACAAAGUGACAGCGAUACAGAGGUACGAUGUACCCGACAGUAAUAACAAAGAAGCAUGGCCAUCAUUACAGAGCUCAAGCAGGUCUGCCAACGACAGGAAAUCUCCACCUUUAUUAGACAAUGGCGUAGAUCCAGAUCACAUGACUCCUGACGGUCCUGACUCAGACUUUGGGCUGUUUUGGGAAACCGCUGAACAUAAUGUUGCCAAAUUUGGCAGGGUGAUAGAGGAAGAUACAAGUACGGUUGACAAAUCUUCAGAAUCUAUAAGUAUAGGAAAUGGUGAUAACUUACAACAGAUAUUAACGAGUGACACACCAUCACCACCACCAGGCUUAUCAAAACCAAAUCCUGUCAUCCCUAUCAGCUCAGCCAAUCACAGUGCGCGAUCCCCCUUUGAAGAUGCAAUGACAGAAUCACAAUCAUUAUUUUCUGACAAUUUCCGACACCCAAAUCCCAUCCCCAGUGGGCUUCCCCCUUUUCCCAGCUCCCCACAGACAUCCAGCGAAUGGCCCACAGCUCCAGAACCACAGAGUCUCUUCACUUCAGAAACCAUCCCUGUUUCCUCCUCAACGGACUGGCAAGCUGCAUUUGGCUUUGGCUCUUCAAAACAACAAGAGGAUGACUUGGGUUUUGAUCCCUUCGAUAUCACCCGAAAAGCCUUAGCAGACUUAAUUGAGAAAGAACUGUCUGUCCAAGACCAACCCUUACUGUCACCGACAUCUUUACAGAAUCCUUCUCCUCACACUACUGCCAAAGGGCCAGGCUCUGGCUUUCUUCACCCUGCAGCGGUCCCCAACACCAACUCCAUUGGUAGCACCUUUUCAGUUUUGCCACAGAGGUUCCCACCCUUUCAGCACAGAGCAGUGUAUAACUCAUUCAGUUUUCCUGGCCAGGCAGCACGGUAUCCGUGGAUGGCCUUUCCACGAAAUAACAUCAUGCACUUGAACCACACUGCAAAUCCAACCUCAAACAGCAAUUUCUUGGACUUGACACAUCCUUCUCAGCACAGCACAGGCCUUGGAGGGAUUCCUAUCGCAGACCACAGCAAUUCAAUAGAGAGUAUAAAUGUGAAGGAAUGGCAGGACGGGCUAAGGGCACUUCUACCCAACAUAAACAUCAACUUUGGUGGGCUGCCCAAUGCUUCUUCCCCCUCCAACGCCACUCACAGUGCACCAACAUCCAACCCCGCCACAACCAACAGCCUCAACUGGGACAACCCCGGCAGCUGGAUGGAUCCCGCCAUUAUCACAGGAAUACCAUCAUCCACAGGAAAUGGCCUGGAACCUUUGCAGGACGACAAUCCACCGCACUGGUUAAAAUCACUGCAGGCCCUGACAGAGAUGGACGGCCCCAGUGGCUCCAUACCCCCCCACCACCACCCUCACAAUAACCUCUUCAGCACACAGAUACCCCUACACAGAGCCAAUUGGAGCCCAUACCCUGCCCCAACAAAUCCAACCAGUUUCCACUCCCCACCUCCCGGCUUCCAGACAGCCUUCAGACCCCCUACCAAAACACCUACAGAUCUACUACAGAGCUCAGCCCUGGACCGUCAUUAAAUAUAAGGAACAGUUAGAAAUUUGGGAAUUCUCCCUCCUCAUUUUCAAUCAAAAUCCAGUCCUCAGUGUUUCCCUCAUGAUUUCCUUCUCCUCCAAUCCUUUUUAGCAGCAUAUCACAAGAGGCUUGGUCAUGAGCAAAUGUCACCUUCAGGUUAGCCGCUUUCGAUUUACACCAUUUGUGAUUUUUCAAGGGUAAGGACCAGCAAUGAGAUUGACGGCUUAAAUCUGACCCCACCAAUAUUUCCUUACUUCCACCCAACAAUCAAAUCUUAAAGCAUAGCAUGAACAGGGAGAAUUAUGUGGAAAAUCCAUCUUGGAGAAUCGGCGUAUUGAAAAUUUUGGUCUGCUAUAUAAUGUUUAGUGAUUUUUUUUUUCUGGGGUUUUUAUUUUUUCUUUAAACACAAAAAUUAUCUAUAAAUGUGAUUUAACAGCUCAGCAAAUUAGCUAGAAGGAAAAAAGUAGGAAUAAUACGUUACACAAUAUUUUUAGGGAAAUUGAAUAGAAAUCUAACAAAUGAUCAGUAAUUACAGCAGUUAUUUGUGUCCAAGAGAGCACCACUCAAAAUUGAAAUGCCAUUAACAAUUUUCUUUUUGUAAUAACUUGACAGUUUGUACAGGCAAAAGUGCCAUGUAAUUUGCUUUUUCUUCAGGACCAAAGGAUAACUUGUGUAUCACUGAACCUGUUAGCAAUGAAAGGGUUAUGGUGACAAUUUUAAUAAUUUGGCAAGUCUCCUGUGCUUGGCGCAUUUUUUUUUAUUUUAUUUUUUUUCUUCUUGCCAUGCUGAGUGGUGCUUUCAAAGUUUGUGACAGCAGAUCAACAGUUUAAAAAGCUGUAAAGAACACUUAAUUCACAGUUUAGAUAUGUUUUUCACAGCUUUUAAUUUUUUAUACCAUUCAAUCUGCAUGUUUUCUCUAAAUACAGAGGAUUAGUUUAUUUUUCAUCCUCGUGUGUUGGGGUAAUCAUUGAGUCAUUCACAGCCACUUACAUGAUGACCUUUUAAUUCAUGUAAAUCCAAAUCAUCACAGUCAUACCACCUAAUUGGAUCCUUGUUGCACAGAUACUACCUAACCUGUGUUCAAGCAAGGUACACUACACUGGAAUUUCCAUCAGUUCAGGUCAGUUUGGCAUCAUAUAAAUAGAAUAUAUUGGGGUUUUUUUUUUUUUCUUCCCUCUCCCUCAGAACAUGGAUUUUGUUUUAAAAUUAUUUUUUAUUACUCAGAUGUCACAACCUAUGGCUGCUUGGAUAAAAUCAAGCAGUAUUGGAGUUCCUUUCCCUACAGGAGGUCUGCCUUUUACCAUGCAUCUGGAUCUCAAGUCUAACCCUGUAGUUUCUUGGAAAUAUUCUGCAGUAUUGAAAAAAAAUUGGAAGGAGGAGAAGUAGUAUAAAAAUUUGAGGGGUAAAAUAUAAUAAACAUGGUUAUAACGACGCUAAACAAAAGUGUACCUCUGUCAGAAUGAAAACUAAAAUCUUAAAUAAAACAUAA